AUGACAACCAUCGAUGGAGUGCGAAUGGUCAUGCCUGCCCCGAAGGGCUAUGUGGUAGACCUGAACAAUCCAGAGAGGACUGGUGUGCCUUCUGUGUACUACGUUGCUGGGUUUAUGGGAUCGCUGUCUCUCAUCUUCUUCGCUCAGCGGAUGUAUGUGAAGGCUGUUGUGGCUACAGGCAUUGAACUUGACGAUAUUUUCCUCAUACUAGCAGUCCUUACUGUUUUCGCUACCUCCGGAUUUACUCUACACAUGUUUUCUACUGCAAUAGGUGGUGUCCAUCUUUGGGAGGUUUCAAUGGAUAACUUCCACCGAUACAUGCUUGAUGUCUACAUUGCCGCCAUUCUAUACCCAAUCUGCGGAGCCUUUGCCAAGUUGUCGCUGUUAGUGUUUUACCUUCGACUGUCUCCGCAAACAUGGUUCAGGAUCGCAAAUUGGGUGGCGAUUGGCUUCAUCGCAAGCUACACAAUCCCAAUCGUCUUGGCGCUGAUAUUCGCAUGUACCCCGAUCAAAAUGAGCUGGGACCCAGAAGUUACGGAGGGGCACUGUAUCAAUCGGCCGGCCGUAUACAUGAUGAUUGCUGUCACGAACAUCGUCAGCGAUGUCGUCCUCUUUGUCCUUCCUCUUCCUAUGGUCAUCAGCCUUCAUAUUCCCGUGCGGCAGAAGAUUGGUUUGGCGUUUAUUUUUGGUAUUGGAUCGCUCACAAUCAUCACCUCAAUCGUUCGACUCUCGAUUCUCAAGGGGAUGCUGACGGAUCCCGAUGUGACCUGGGUAGUUGGAAACGCGAGUAUUUGGACACAAGUAGAAGGCUAUAUGAUGAUAAUGUGUGCGUCACUACCGACUCUUCGAAGAUUCUUCAAACACGUCGCUCCGAAACUACUGGGGACUUCGAGAUACGGGACCAAGACUAAGACGAACGAGAAUACCCACCCACCGAGCCGGACUUUUAUUCCGAAAUCCCAGUCUCGUCGCGACCGGACACAAUAUUCUCAAUUUGAUGCGGAAGAGGGCGGUAUCGCAACCGACACCUACAUCAUGGGGGCUGUUAAGGGCACAAGUAAUAACACGAUUACUGCCGGUGAACCCGGGGAUACUGGUGGCUGGGGGGAUACAGAUUCUGAGAAAGCUAUGGUGACAGGGGGCAGCCCUAAGGUUGCCAUCUUGCAGACGACUGUUGUGACGGUUGAUGUCGAGUACGCCGAGGACAGCCAAGAAGGUGGGAGCAAGCAUAAUAAUAAACCAGGUUCCAGAUAG